AUACACAUAUAUAAUUUAAUUACUGAAGCAUUAUAUAGCACACAAUCUAAUGAUGAGAUAAUACAUUAAGUUAAUUAGAAUAUUUGUAUUGAAUAAUAGCUGUUCAAACUAUGUUUCAGAGAAAUACUUUGACGUGGGAAAUGGUUCAUGAUAUAUGAUAGAGCUAGUUAAACAAAUAGCAUUUUUCAUAUAAUUUUUAUAAUAAUGAUAUAUAUGAAAUAAACAGUAGAAAAGUAUAACUGCACAAUUAUUUAAAAUGAUCACUUUUGUUUGUAUGUUUCAACAUGUCAUCUCUUUAGUCCUUUAACUAGAGUUUCAUGUUUUUCUAGGUUUUUAAAACUUCAAGUCAAAAUCUCAUACAAAGUAGGUAUCACAUUGUUUACACAAGGGUUCACACAAAAUCUGAACUAUUCAAGAUUCUAAAAUUUCUAAAUAAGAAUAAAAGCAGGAGAAUAAUAUAAAACCUGAUGGUUAAUAAGGUAGUAGAAUUACAAACAUGUAUUUUUCACCAAAAAUAAAAUAAUAAAUAUCAAAACCAUUUUCUUCAAUGCUAACACCAUAAAGGAAGUCAGUUAAGUUAUAUUAUUUUCAGAAGAAUCUUGAGAAUGUAUUAUCCCCAUAACAAUUUGUAUGCUUUCUCAAAUUAUAUGCUCUUGUUUUUAAUGUAGAAUACCAGAAAUUCAUGCUAUCCUCAUGAUAAAAAUCAUGACAAAAUACAAAUUAUGAUGGUAAAAUAUAAAUUAUUAAAAAUCCAAUAAAACUCAGAUAAAUAGAAAUAUCGGCUUAUAAAUAUAAUUCUUUAUUAAAAGUGAUUAUAACUUUUGGAGGAAAUGGCUGUUUUGUGAUUGAAGUGGGGAGUAUACAAAGGGAGCUUGAAACAUCUGGUCAUAUCAGAAGGAAAUAACUGCUCAAAUAUUACGGGAACAUGUUAAAAAGACAGAGGAGCAUGCUUAGAAGGCCUAGAUAUAGGAAAAUUAAGCACCAAAAAAUGACAACAAUGAAGUACAACCCACUGAAUAAAAAAAUCCAUGAGUCUAUACUGAUGGAUAGAUAGAUGACAGAUAGCAGAUAGAUAACAGAUGAUAGAUAACAGAUAGAGAGCAGAUAGAUAAUAGAUAGGUAAGUGAAUGAAACAUUUUUUAUACUAAAGUUGCCAACUAAUAAAUGUAAAAGCAAUUAUAGAGUCAGAACAACACAUUUUGAAUCAUUAUUAUUAUCUGAGUUAGGCAAGAUAAUCAAUGGAUGCUAAAACUAGUGACUGAAAGGAACUAGUGAAGUGACAUUAUGAGGAACAAGCUACAUAUAUAAUAAUUUUAAUGGGUACUCCAGAAACUAAUUAGGGAAAAAAAAUCACAUAAUGGAGAUAUCUGGGAAGCACCAUCUUCACCAAGUGAUCCAAGUUAGCUUCACCCCAAUAAUAGGACAAAUUAAUAUCAUAUACUUGCUCAGAACACACAGAGGAGAAUACUAUUUUUCCUGCGGAAAGUGAAUAAUUUGAACAAAAACAUUGAGGAAUAUUGUACACUCUCAAUUUGUUGGACAUUAUGCUAAAGAACUCUUCAAAAUAUCAGUGUUCAGAAAGGCACAAAAAGGCUGAGUAAAUAUUACAGGUACAGGAGACUAAAGACAGAUGACUUUAGAUAUAAUGCAUAAUCUUGGAUUAGGUCCUAGACUGGUGUGGUUGGAGGGAGAAUAUUGUAUAUUAGAGAAAAGAAACAUGUCAAUAUCAAUAUCAAUAUCAAUACUAAACAUGUCAAUGUCAAUAUUAAAUUUUCUGAUUUUAAUACUUAUAUUAUGGUCAAGCUAGUGGGAAUUAGUUUUUUCUUACUAAAAGAUCAGAAAUUUAUAAUUAAAUAGGUAUUAUGUCUACACUUUAAUCUCAACUGGUUCAAAAAAUAAAAAUUACAUAGAGAAAGAGAAUAAGACAAAUAAUAAAUGUUAACAUUUGCUGAAUCUGUAUGAAAUUAAGUGGGAGUUCUUUGAAAAAUUUGUGACACUUUUUAAGUUUAAAUUUAUUUCAUAAUUAAAUGCUAAAAACAGAGAGGUAAUAAAUCUUGGGAAUUUGAAGGGGCUUAUCUAAUAGGAACAAACAUAUAGCCUUUAUCUUAGCUCAUUUUCAGAUAAAAACUCAAAUUUUCUGACCUUUCUACCACACUUCAGUCCUUGACAGACUUCCAUUAAGGAAUGGGAGUCAACCAAUCAUGGGUCACAGAAUUCAUCCUGGUGGGAUUCCAGCUCAGUGUCGAGAUGGAAGUGCUCCUCUUUUGGAUCUUCUCCCUGUUAUACAUCUUCAGCCUGCUGGCGAAUGGCAUGAUCUUGGGACUCAUCUGUCUGGAACACAGUCUGCAUACCCCCAUGUACUUCUUCCUCUCACACCUGGCCAUCAUUGACAUGUCCUAUGCUUCCAACAAUGUUCCCAAGAUGUUGGCAAAUCUGAUGAACAAGAAAAGAACCAUCUCCUUUGUUCCAUGCAUAAUGCAGACCUAUUUGUAUUAUGCUUUUGCUGCUACAGAGUGUCUGAUUUUGGUGGUGAUGUCCUAUGAUAGGUAUGUGGCCAUUUGCCACCCUCUCCAGUACACUGUCAUCAUGAGCUGGAGAGUGUGCACGAUCCUGGCUCUCAUGUCCUGGUCAUGUGGGUUUGCCCUGUCCCUGGUACAUGCAAUUCUCCUUCUAAGGUUGCCAUUUUGUGGGCCCCGGGAUGUGAACCACCUCUUCUGCGAAAUUCUGUCUAUCCUCAAGCUGGCCUGUGCUGACACCUGGGUUAACCAAGUGGUCAUAUUUGCUACCUGUGUGUUUGUCUUAGUUGGGCCUCUUUGUUUGAUGCUUGUCUCCUACAUGCACAUCUUCUGGGCCAUCCUAAAGAUCCAGACAAAGGAAUGCCGCAUAAAGGCCUUCUCCACCUGCUCCUCCCACCUGUGUGUGGUUGGACUCUUCUUUGGCAUAGCCAUGGUGGUUUACAUAGUCCCAGACUCUAAUCAACGAGAGGAGCAGGAGAAAAUGCUGUCCCUGUUUCACAGUGUCUUUAACCCAAUGCUGAACCCCCUGAUCUACAGCCUGAGGAAUGCUCAGGUGAAGGGUGCCCUCCACAGAGCACUGCAGAGGACGCGGUCUAUGUAA